AAAACAGUGAGAGUUUACAAAUGGAUUGUUCUUACAUAAUCCAUACAAAAUUUGAAUAUAAAACACAUAAGAACAACAAAGUCCCGGGUUUCAUGUUCCACCCACCGUCAAAGUAAAGGUAAUUAAUAACACUCUUUCUUUAAAUAUCUCACUUCAGCUUUCUCUCUCUCUCUCUCCAUUUACAAUGACUUAUACUAAGUCGAGACAAGUCAAAAUCGAUCUCUGGCUGGAGAAGAAGGACAAAGAGAAAGAGAAAGUGCCACGACCCAAUGACGGUAUUAGGAGUAAUGGCUCGGUCACGUACUUGUGGUAUCUUCCGGACGAUAAAAGAAGUUACUCAGUGUUCAUGGACGAAAAGAACAGCACUCAAAUAGAACAAGAGCUCUUGAGGAUCUCGGAGAGUGAGGUCGUUCAAAUGAGGGAUACAGUCAUCUAUUUGAUCCCGAGACUGACUUAUGCGCACCCAAACGCUACGAACUAUGAUUUGCCAGAUGCGGUUGAUGUAGCUUUAGAGGCACUAGCUAAACAAGCAAGGGCCAAGUGCUUUGUGUCUCCAUUUUUUGUUGUCUUCAAUAUUUUAAUNGCGCGUGUGGAGAACCACCCGUGCCGCACGCGGAAUCCACACAAUGCGGACAUCUUCUACGUCCCUUUCUACGGUGGCCUCUACGCUUCAAGCGUGUUCCGAGAACAGAACCUGACCAAACGCGACGAGCUAGCCGUCAGAUUAGUCGACUACAUUAGUGAUCAACGGUGGUGGAGGAGAAGUAACGGCCGUGAUCAUUUCUUGGCCAUAGGGAGGACAGCUUGGGAUUUCAUGCGCUCCUCUGACACUGACUUUGGAGCAAACAUCCUCAUGCAAAUGCCACGUGUCAUGAACAUGUCGGUGCUGACCGUGGAGAGGCAGCCUUGGAAAGGUGACAAUCACUUUGGUAUACCGUAUCCUUCUUAUUUUCAUCCGUACACGUCAGCAGAGAUGGUGACGUGGCAAAACAAGAUGAGAAGAGUCGAGAGACCAAACUUGUUUAGUUUUGUCGGUGGGCCGAGGAAAGGGUUGGAGAAAGCCGCCAUUAGAGACGAGCUGAUCAGACAAUGCGCCAAGUCAAGCCAUUGUGAGCUUCUCAAGUGUGAAAAUGGAGGGUCCAGGUGCCACGACCCAAUGACGGUAUUAGGAGUAAUGGCUCGGUCACGGUUUUGCCUACAAGCACCAGGGGACUCAUUCACGCGCAGAUCAACAUUUGAUGCGAUAUUAGCUGGGUGCAUACCCGUAUUUUUUUCACCCCACACGAUGUAUACACAGUACUUGUGGUAUCUUCCGGACGAUAAAAGAAGUUACUCAGUGUUCAUGGACGAAAAGAACAGCACUCAAAUAGAACAAGAGCUCUUGAGGAUCUCGGAGAGUGAGGUCGUUCAAAUGAGGGAUACAGUCAUCUAUUUGAUCCCGAGACUGACUUAUGCGCACCCAAACGCUACGAACUAUGAUUUGCCAGAUGCGGUUGAUGUAGCUUUAGAGGCACUAGCUAAACAAGCAAGGGCCAAGGUUAUCGUUUCAUUCUAAGCCAUAUAUACCCUUGUGUAUUUUCAGAUGUAAUUAAUCCCAAAGAAUAAAGAAUUGUAGUAGCCAGGAAUCACGCCAAGCAACUAUUGUUGGUGAUUAUAUUUUUAUCUACAUCACCUUUCUGCUGCACUGUGGGAUCUGUGACUUUAUCUGCUGCUC